UUCUUUGCAUAUUCUUCUCAAUAACUAAGCAACUGUGUCAUUCACAAAAACUUCGACGCAGAGACCGGUUCCAGGCGCCCUUUCUGUGGCACGCGAUGAUGGCUAUUAUGACGGUGCUUCUUAUCACCGCUGUGGUUGCGGUCUUCAUGGACCUGCAUUGGGCCGCCCAACUUCCUGACGAGGAGCAGCUCACUCUGGUCGACUGGCAGGAACCGCACAACACGGAGGAGCGGGCCGUCCCGGCCGUUAAACCUGGAAAAAAGACCAACCCCUCAGCCGCGCGCCCCAAGGACGACAGCUCGACUCUCCGACCAGGGAAAGGUCACAAGGCAAGGAAAGCCGCGAAGAAUGCCGGCAGCAUGGGCUUGGUCGAUGGAGCAAAGGCUGAAGGUGCAGCGCAACCAAUGGUAGAUGUCGACCCGGCCACCGGGACUGCUGAGCCCCACGCGAACCGAGCCUCGGAGACUACGCCAACCACGGAUGAUGAGCACUACGAUACAGACGUCGCCGAGAAGCCCUUGCCACCGAUACACGAGUCGGCGUCCAACAAGUGCGGCGACGCCCUGUACACCUUCUGCAACAUGCUGUACCAGUUGUACCACUACCGAGCCAGCAGCAACGAAUGCGUGUUUACCGUGACGGAGAACGUGCGGGUGUGCAACCGCAGCCCGGACCGCUUCGCCACGAUGGACGAUUGUCAGCGCGUCUGCGUAGUCCCGGGCAUCAAUGACCUGGUGGCCGACAGGCCAAAAGUGUGCUCGACAGGACCGCUCUUCGCGCCCUGCAACUGGCGGGACGUGAAGCCCACAUGGGCCAUCUUCGACGGUGUGCGAUGCGUGCGAUGGCCCUUCCCCGAUGGGCUCUGUCCGGCAGCCAACAAUACCGCCGUGUUCUCCAGCCGCCAAGAGUGCGCGGACAGGUGCCUUAAGGCUGUAGAAGAGUGGAGCGCCAGCCCUCCACGUGACCCAUGUCCCGUCGGUCCUGGACCAGCCGAGGUGUGCGGACCGGAGGUGCUCAGGUUCCCUUACUUCUCGCAUCACUCGGCCAACAAGUGCUUCGUAGCUUCGGAGGACUUUCUCGCAAGGCGCCGCUGUCUCACGGCACCUACCUUGUUCGUCAACGAGCAGAAAUGCCGAGAAAAGUGCAUGGGGAAUCCACGGACACGUCGCUGACGCUCGCACAGGGGCGAGAAAAGUGCUGUGCCGCAUUUCAAGAACCGCCAUUGGCCGGGGAAGGCUCUCGUCGAUUCUGGGAUGGGCACGUCCUUACGCCAACGCGUGUUCGGUCAUCGUUUGGGCAGUGUGUGUGGCCUGGACAAGUCGUGGACAUGUAUUUGCGCGUGCAUCAUUGUAAAUAAAUCUAUAAUAAUCAUCUCGAACCAACAGAAAUGCCACUGCACUUCUAUCAAAUUAAAUUGACUGCUAAAGGUGGUGGUUGGCGUCUGAAAAAACGGUGCUUAAAUGCGCCUGGAGGAUAAUUUACGUGCUUGAAGGGUCAGAAAGCCUCGUUAAA